CUUAGCCUAGCAGGGAUUCACGUCAGCAGCGUGAUGUGUAUAUGUGUCGUCAUGGGCGCUAGGAAACCCACCUUAGAAACGACAACGGCGCUCCAACAGCCUAUCACACGCCACAUAAACCAGUGCACGGCUAGCAAACACUGGAAGGAGUCACGGCACACGGCACACGGCACGCGAACUCUAACAAACUCUCGCUAACUCGCAUAAAGAAAACGAAGCAAGGAAUAUCUUCGUAGUGAACAUUUUGAACCAACCUAUUCUUCAACUCUUUCCCUCCAACCAUGAGCAACGAAUACGCAGAAACAGGAUUUUAUACCAACAAGAAAGAGAAAUCAACGGGUUCAAUUUGCUGCAGUUUCCUGUGUAGUCACGUUGGUCUGUUCAUGGUGGUGGCUGUUUAUGCUGUUGCGGGGGCAUACAUAUUCAUAGAAAUCGAGAGGCCAAAUGAACUACAAAUGUACGAGAAGAAGCAGCAGCGAGCAGUCCAGGUGAAGGAGACCAAGGAGUAUGUGGCAGGGCUUAUGUGGUCCUAUCAGCACAUCAAGUGGCCUGACUCUUACUACCAUGAGAGAGUCACCUUGGCACUGAAUGGCCUGGAGCGGCACAUCCUGAUCAGCGUGUCAGACUACAAGUAUGACGGCACAGAGAAAGGCUGGGUGGACAGCUGGACAGUGCCCAAGUCACUCCUCCUCACCAUGACCAUUAUGUCCACUAUUGGUUAUGGUCACAUCUACCCAGAAACUGCUGAGGGCAAGAUUUUCUGCAUCUUCUAUGCCUUAAUUGGCUGUCCACUUCUCCUUAUUUUCUUGGGCAACCUUGGGAACUCCAUUGCUGAGACCUUUAUCUUCAUUUACAGUCGGAUUUGCUGCCGCUGGUGUCGCUCCAGGAGGAUCGAGGAGGAGCUGCCACCACAUGCCAGCAAGAAGCAACGUAAACUUCUGGUUGAUGAUGAAGUUGGCAAAGAAGAGUUCAUGCCUACUGAGUUUCUGAACGUACCAAUUGUCAUCAAUCUGGUACUGCUGAUGGUGUACAUCAUACUGGGUGCUGUGCUAUUCAGUUUCUGGGAAGGCUGGAACCUCACUUCAUCCAGCUACUUCACUUUCAUCACACUCUCCACAAUAGGGUAUGGAGACAUGGUACCUGGCAAUGCCAUACUUGCUGAUGGUGAUGGAAAUGGUAGCAUGCAAAUGCUCAUCUGCAUCAUCUACAUUGUCCUUGGCAUGGCACUGCUGUCUACCUGCAUCAACCUCAUGCAAGAACAACUUCUUGAAAAGUGUCACUGGCUGGCCAAGGAGAUUGGUCUCUCAAAGUCUGAAAAUGAUGGCAAGGACAAGAACAAGACAGAAAACAGUAAAAACAAACAAACAAAGAAGAAAAAUCAACCAAGCACAAUUCCAGAAGAAGGUGAACAGAGCCCCGCACCGCCCGCUGCUGCUCUACGGUCCUCCUCGGCUGGAACUCUGAGAUCAAGACGGCUGUCACAAGAUGGUGGUCCUUCCCCAUCAGCUGAAUCCACCACGCUAGCCCCACCACAGACCCUUGCUCCCAUUCAGUCUGACUCACAUUCACCUUCACCACUUCCCACCCGCUCCAACUGUUCCACUCCCAUCCCAGGAAGCCUCGAUGGCCCAGACUGAGGGAGAGUAUUAUAGAUUGAUGUGAUUGUAAGUAAAGAGUCUCACCAAGAAACAAAACUCAUUUAAACAUAGUAUUCAAAGUGAGUGCACAAAGUUAAAACUAAAUCUUUUCCAAUGAUCAUAAAAUACAACUUGAUCAUACAUGCCACAUUGUUGUCUUAUUCAUUGUUGAACAGAUUAUAGAUUUGUUAGUUCCUGAUUGAUAAAAAUGUAAUAAAUUUGUUAUUUUCAAACUGUU